CUUUAAUUUACUUUCCUCAGAUUGGGCUUAGACAUGGGCAUGGGCCUCAGACCAAUUGAGAAACGAACAGAACUCCCCUAAGAUUAGAAUCCACCAAAGCUUCACAGCGACUUCUUCUCUCCAGCGAUCGCCUCCGCUGCCUGAAUUGCCGUAUCGUUUCAAGGUAUGUUCUUGUUCUUUUAUUUUUUCCGACGUCGUCUUUCAUUCUCCGAUACACACUGAGUAAAACGAUCAAUCAUUCUGCUUUUGAAAUUAGCUUUCUUCCUUUGAUUUAUCGACUUAUCGUGGCUUAUUAUUCUCUAUCCCCAAAUCGAUUAGGGUUUAUGAAUACCGCUGUUUAUAUGUAUUGGAUCAGUUGUUCGAUUCUUCUAUAGGAUGCAGAUCAAUUCUUUUUUUUUUUUUGGUUGGGUAUUAUUAAGCUUGUUUAGUUCGGGAAUUUGCAAGUGUUUUUUGCUGCGGAAUUUUGAUUAGUUCCUCAAUUUUUUUUUCUGUUCAAAAUUAUAGCAUAAAUUGGUUUUUUGGUGAACAAAACUGUUUAGCCUUCCAUCAGUGGGGAUAGUUAACUGAUCAUCUGUAUCUUGUUUUGUUCAUGCCUUUUAGGAUGUCUACGGGAACGGGCCAACUACCUCACACUUCUACAUCCAAGGCACGACUUCAACCGGAUCCGUUUCUUAAUGAACUAUCUAACAUGUUUGAGCAAAACACGGAGAAGGGUUCUGUUUGGGUCACUCUCAAGCACUCCUCUGAUAUGUGUAAGGCACAUAGGAACAAGAUGACGACACCUAUCGAGUUUAAAUGUUUGAUCCGAGCAACUGAUGGCAAAAGGACUAUUUCUACUUUGGUAAGCCCUACUUUCUUUUUUUUUUUUGAAAUCUGAUUUUUGGUUGAAGGGUUUUGUGAUCUUCACUGAAAGUUUUUAUCUGUAUGAGUUUUUCCGACUGACUAGCUGAAUUACUGCAAUUGGAAGAUGCUUUUAUUACUUUCCUUUGGAAAAUUUGGGCCUUUGAGGAUUACUUUUAGUAUUGCUUGAUAUUUCAUUUGAGUUGCAAUUAGCAACACAACUGGAUAUCUAGAGUCUUAAGAAAUCUUAUCUAAAUACGAUGAAGUACAAAGACUUUGUAGGCCUGACUAGAUGCUUUCACUCUAUCCAUCAGUAGGUGCUUUGUAGUAGCAUCAUUUUUUUUCCUUCCUUUUCUCUGCCUGUGGCUGUAAAUGAAGCCUAGUUAGCUCAUGAUGACUCAUGGCAGCCUAAAAAAAGAGAUCGGACUCUGUAUCCCACGUCUCUUUCUGCUCCUGACUUUAUACUGUGUGAGUUUAUGGAUAAUGCAUGAUCUGUACGAUGAAACUAUGUGUUUCUGUUACUUUAGACGACUGCAAAUCCCCUUUAUACUGUUUAACUUCCGCAAGAAGAGAAUUUGCAGCUUCUCAUUCUCGCAAGAACAUUGCGGACCACUAUUUACUUUGGUUUUGACUGCUUGAUUUUCUUGAAUCGUGGAUCCUAGGUUGGCCAGAAGGAUCAUCAAAGGUUUCAAGCAUCAUAUGCAACUAUUCUGAAAGCUCGAAUGACGGCGUUGAAGAAGAGGGAGAGAAAAGACAAGAGAAAAGCAGCAGAUUCUGCUGCUGGUGACAAGAAGAAGAAAGGGGGCUCGAAGAAAUGAUCAGCAUCUUAAUUGCUGCAAAAACUUUUGUAUUUGUGAUCUAUUUUUGGUGGACUUAUUUUGGGUGAUAGAUAGGUUAGUUUAAGCACAUCUUACUCCCCAGGCUUUAAAGGUUGAUUGAGAAUAUAAAUCUAAAAUUAUUCAAUACAAGUUGGAUCUGCGUAUUCGAAUCUUUUAGUUUAUUUCAGUAGUUUCAAGUUUUGAAUGAUUGGUCAUGCGCAAAAUGUAACUAUCGAAACAUUGCCAGCAUAACCAAUAUAGGUCGCUUUAAUUUUAUGGGG